ACAGCUGUCAGGUCACAGCUGGAUCGAACAUGUGAGCUCCAGCAGCUUCAUGGUUACACAUUGACCCUGUUGAGGGUUUUAGCGCGGACUAAAGCUGCAUCAAGUCAACCUAAUUACACCGGAAGUGAUGCGAUUUUCCUACCAAAAUAAAAGGCGAGGCCAACCAGUCAUCGAGAGAGCGCUUUUAUUUUGAAAGUUUGAACCAAAAGUGUUGUUUUUCAUUCGUGUUUAUUUGACACAAGUGGUCUGUUCAGGACGUUUAGAGAGAGCACAGAGCACAACACACUCAGAAGAAGUUGAGAGGUGUAUGGUUAACUUACUGGGUGUCUGAGCUCCUAAUUAGCCUCCCCUUUGUUUUUCUCUGUACUUUCUUGAUGUUUCCUGAACCAGCAUGGUUACUAACGAGGGUCUGCUGCUGUCACACUUCCCUUGACAUGGAUUUGUUGCACCGACGGACGGACUGAAAAAGUUUGGGAAUUUAACCAGCUAUAGCUCCAACAAAAAGGGACACACUACAACUACUUUUUUUUUUCUUUAUUUUGUAUUUUUCUAGCAGAAGACAUGCAGAAGUUGAACUCCUCCAGCGGGACCCACCACGGCACCACGCUGCCCCGGGACGCGGAGCUCCAGCUGCGGCUAGCUGACAGCGGAGGAGCCGGGGACGGGAGGGAGAACGGCGGGGGGAAACAUUUCCUCUCCCAGCCUGAAGAAGAGGAGGAGGACAGCUCCUUCUGCACCAAGAGGAAGGUGCUCGUCGGGUUGGAUGUAAUUUGCCUUUUUGUGGCCUCCAUCCCAUUCUUUGCUUGCGAGUUGAAGGCGGUGACUGCGUACCAGCGAGGAUUCUUCUGUGGAGACCCCAGCAUCACCUAUCCCUACGACCCGAUCGAGGCCAUCCCCGACAGCCUGCUCAUUGCUGGUGGUAUAGCCAUCACUGGUUUAACGAUCGCACUGGGUGAAUGCUACCGGGUGCGUUUCCGAGGCGUAAACUCGCGGGCAUUUGUGCGAAACUGCUACGUGUCGUGCCUGUACAAGGAGCUGGGGAGCUUCAUGUUUGGUUGCUGCGUGGGUCAGUCUCUCACCAAUAUGGCCAAGCUAAGUGUGGGGCGCCUGCGACCCAACUUCCUGGAAGUCUGUAACAUCACCUACGAGUCCAUCGGCUGCACUCCGGGCAGCUAUGUGGCCCAGGUCGAAUGCCAGCGGCCUAACGUGAAGAUGGUGGAGGAAGCAAGGAAGUCUUUUUUUUCCGGCCAUGCUUCCUUUGCAAUGUACACCAUGCUCUACUUGGCAUUCUACCUGCAGGCGCGGUUGUCGUGGCGAGGAGCUCGGCUGUUGCGCCCACUAAUACAGUUCCUCUUGGUGAUGAUCGCCAUCUACACCGGCCUGAGCCGCAUCUCCGACUACCGCCACCAUCCCACUGACGUCCUCACGGGCUUCAUCCAGGGAGGGCUCACUGCGUACUGGGUGGCCUUCUACAUCUCCUCCAUGUUUAAGCCGUGCGCCCGUCAAGACCUGUCACCCACGAGCAUGUCCCUGGAUAGCCCACUGUCCAGCCAGCAGACCGUCUGUUAGCAGGCACAUAACAAUCAUCCCAGGAGUGAGACAAUAAGAGAAGAUGGACUGCAGAAAGACAGGGAGAAUGUCAGAUAGCGCAGGUGAGGAGCAGAAAGAGAAGAUUUUUUAGAAAAAGGGAAUCUAAGAGAAGGAUUUAAAAGAGUACAAUCUAACACUUGCUCUUUUUGGGGCAUACUGAUACAUUCACAGCGUAAUCUAAUGUUCACACACUCACACACGUGAAAUACAAGAAGCACAUUUUGACUGUAAGUCAAACCCGUCCAGUGAAAAGAACUGCAGAGUGAUAUUUUUUUAUAUAUGGAGAGAAAAACAAAUAAAAAUGUCUAUUUUUCAAGAGGAUUUUUAGAAGCUGCUAAUGUUGAUAGUUUUCUUCUGUGAUGGAGGCAUUUUUUUGGUCAGUGCAGUUAGUUAGCUUUCAAAGCAGAACUGGUCACUCUGGGGGUGAGAGAGAGGAGAAAACGCCAGCCUCCUCUUUGUUUCUGAUCUCGGCGUGGAAAACAUCAGCCAGCAGCAGCAGCAGCUGUGAACUGAGACCAUUAGAGCUCAGAUGUAAAGACAGCUCUGUGCCGAGUGAUAAGGAACAAGCUUCAACUUCUAACCAUCUUUACCGUCUGAUGUGCCACUACUCAAAUCAGACUGCCCGGCGUCGCUAUGACUAAAUAAUAACCUGUAAAGAAGAAACACAGUAUUUGAGCUGUAACACUAUCUUUCUUUUUGUGUAACCAAGUUAGUGAUGGGGAGGACUCCUCUUUCCCUUCCACUACUCUGUACUAACCACUUUGACUGUGUCUCAGAGGUGGAGCUUUGACUGAAUUUUGUAACCUUUGACCUUUGCCCCCCUUGGACUCCAAUCUCUGAGCUGCACCUUGAUUUAUGCCACUCUUGUCAGGAGAGCCGACGUGGCUGCGACCCCUCCUGUGCAUCUUUAUUAAUAGCACUUGAACGUACAUAAUGGAACCUUCUAAUUAUAAUCAAUAUUAUAUAUUUUAUCACAAGUUUUAAUAAUCAGUGUUUAUUUUUUUGUUAAUGUCAAACUCAUACACUAUAUUUGUUUCUCUUGAAACGAUAAUUAUUCAAAUUGAAUGUAAAUAGCUAUGUCAUUUUAUAAACCACACAGAAUUUCAAAAAAAAGUAUUAGUUCCAGUUUUGGACCGUUUUUACAUGUUUAUUAUUAAGUGUUUGUAUUUACGUUUGUGUCAAUCAGGUACGGAGAGUUACUAUUGUAUCUGUUGUAACUACUAGACUGAGCCACAGAUAUUAUCAGAAAGCUAUAUUUUGUUGUGUUCCCAGUUAUUGUUGUUUGUUUGUUUUGUCUGUGAACGCCAGAAAGGCAGAAAUAACCACUGUACUCAAAAAAACCAAACCAAUAAACUGAAUGUUGAAUGUU